AUGCCGAUCGGUGGAAAUAAUACUGAACCACAUAAGAAACGUUCAAAUAAAAAACGAACUCUUAAACAAACGUCAAAAUCAAAACGACGAAUAACAGAAAAAAAUGAAGCAAAAAAUUCUAAAAAAAUGCUUGUAAUGAAUGUAUUAAGUGAUGCAACACUUGAAAAUGAUCGUAUUGAACAAUAUAAAGAACUUCGACGACAACGAUAUUCUGAAGCUCGACAACAAGCGAUUGAAACUAUAGUUGAAAAAAUGAAAAAAACAACUUACUAUCCCAGAGAAAUAAAUGAUGAUCUUACUCGGUGA